UCACCCUUCUCUCUCUCUGUUUUCUAGAUUUCAAGGUCGAUCGCUCCUUCCUCGUCUCCGCUGCCCUGUUCUUGAUCUCGUAAGACCGUCGGGGAUGUCUCCCUCGCGAAUGGUGGAAGUAAUGGAGAACGGUGGCCGCGAGGUCAUGGUGCUGCGCAAGGUUGACUCGCGCGCCUCCAUCACGGAGGCGGACGACCUCGACCUGGCGCGGCUGCCCGACCGACCGCGGCUCAAGAUCGAGCGGAAGAGGUCGUUCGACGAACGCUCGCUAAGCGAGCACUUGGCCGGGGGGAAUCUCCGGAAGGUCGACAGCAUCGAAAGCAUUUUCUCCAUCGGCGGGCCGAGAUCUGUGCUGGACUCGCCGGUCUCGUCGACGUACCUCUCUUUCGAACCGCAUCCGAUGCUUGCGGAGGCCUGGGACGCUCUCCGGAAGUCCAUCGUGCUCUUCCGGGGUCAACCAGUGGGCACCAUCGCCGCUUUGGAUCACUCAUCUGAAGAGGUCCUCAAUUAUGAUCAGGUUUUCGUCCGUGACUUUGUACCAAGUGCUAUGGCUUUCCUGAUGAACGGAGAGCAUGACAUAGUGAAAAACUUCCUCGUGAAGACUCUCCACCUCCAGGGGUGGGAGAAGAAGAUCGAUCGAUUCAAGCUCGGGGAAGGUGUUAUGCCUGCGAGCUUCAAAGUUCUCCACGAUCCCAUUAGGAAAACCGACAAUUUGAUCGCAGAUUUUGGUGAUAGUGCAAUCGGAAGGGUUGCACCUGUGGAUUCUGGUUUCUGGUGGAUCAUUCUUCUCCGGGCGUACACAAAGGCUACCGGGGACAUGACUCUGGCAGAAUCACCGGCGUGCCAGAGAGGGAUGAGGCUCAUACUAGCUCUGUGCUUGUCCGAAGGUUUCGACACAUUCCCGACCUUGCUCUGCGCAGACGGAUGCUCUAUGAUCGAUCGAAGAAUGGGCGUUUACGGUUACCCUAUCGAAAUCCAAGCCCUUUUCUUCAUGGCAUUGCGAUGUGCUUUAUCCAUGCUCAAAGAAGACGGCGAAGGGAAGGAGUUCAUCGAGAGAAUAGACAUACGGUUGCAAGCCCUGAGCUAUCACAUGCGGAGCUAUUUCUGGCUCGAUUUCCAGCAGCUCAACGUUAUUUACAGAUACAAAACAGAGGAGUACUCCCACACGGCAGUCAACAAGUUCAAUGUCAUUCCGGACUCCAUCCCCGACUGGAUCUUCGACUUCAUGCCGAGCCGCGGUGGAUACUUCAUUGGGAACGUGAGCCCUGCAAAAAUGGACUUUAGGUGGUUUGCUCUCGGCAACUGCAUUGCCAUCCUAUCAUCUCUCGCGACUCCGGAGCAGUCUGCGGCGAUCAUGGAUCUGCUGGAAGAAAGAUGGGAGGAGCUCGUCGGAGAGAUGCCACUGAAGAUUGCAUACCCUGCUUUGGAGAGUCAUGAAUGGCGGAUUAUAACUGGAUCUGACCCUAAAAACACCAGAUGGAGCUACCACAAUGGAGGAAGUUGGCCCGUGCUCCUCUGGCUCUUCACUGCAGCAUGUAUCAAAACCGGUCGGCCCCAAAUUGCCCGACGCGCGAUCCAUCUAGCAGAAAGCAGGCUGUCCAAGGACGGUUGGCCGGAGUACUACGACGGCAAGCUCGGUCGGUACAUCGGGAAACAAGCGAGGAAGUUUCAGACAUGGUCGAUCGCAGGUUACUUGGUAGCAAAAAUGAUGCUGGAAGACCCUUCGCAUCUGGGUAUGGUCUCUCUCGAGGAGGACAGAGCAAUGAAGCCCCCCGUAAAGAGGUCUGCUUCAUGGACUAACUGAAGGCAGGAGAGCCUGGGAAGGAGAAAACUAAUGCUUUACACCGUUCUUUCAAAUAAAUGUCCUUAUGGUAAAUGUAUAAUAUAGCGAUAGAAAAGUCUUGUAGUUUCCUUUCAGUAGAUGGACAGCUCUGGCAUCACCAAUUUUUAAAUAGUUAAUAUAUUUACAGGAGUCAAUGCAGUGAUGUCUGAAUAAGUAUUUAUUGCAAUAGGGUUGGAUCAUU